CGAGCCCAGAAGCAGAGAGAAGUUGGGGAGGUCGGGCAGGGGAGGCUAGGAAGAAAUUGCAGACUGAUUCCCGCCCUGAUCGACUGAGCCCCCAAAGGAGCGCCUCCGCUGCGUCGGGGCUGAGUGUGGACGAGCCGCGCGCGGCCCGCCAGGGCUGGGAGUUUGCAGACCGUCCCUGCCGCGGCCCGUUCGGCGGCGGCCCUGCGGCUCCCGCGGCGGCGGCGGCGGCCCCAGGCGCGAUCCAGCCCAGGUAGCCGCGCCGCAGGCUCGGGGCACCGCGACCCCCGCGCCCGCCGCGCCUCGGGCCCCGCGGGCACGGCGGCCGGCGGUCGCUUCUGGCUGCUGCUGCUGCCCAACAAGGAGAAUGGAAGCGAGGGAAGGACGCUGGCUGACCCAGGAGCCGGAGUGAGGCCCGCGGACUCGCCCAUGCAGCCUGCGUCAUGAGGUCGUGUCUGCCUUCUACGCGUUGAGAGCCCGGGGCAGGUGAAGUUGCCGGAGAGCGAUGGCUCUGUUUACUCCGUGGAAGUUGUCCUCUCAGAAGCUGGGCUUUUUCCUGGUGACUUUCGGCUUCAUUUGGGGUAUGAUGCUCCUGCAUUUUACCAUCCAGCAGCGAACGCAGCCCGAAAGCAGCUCCAUGCUGCGCGAGCAGAUCCUGGACCUCAGCAAAAGGUACAUCAAGGCUCUGGCGGAAGAAAACAGGAACGUGGUGGACGGACCCUACGCUGGCGUCAUGACAGCUUACGACCUGAAGAAAACCCUUGCUGUGUUACUGGAUAACAUUUUGCAGCGCAUUGGCAAGUUAGAGUCGAAGGUGGACAAUCUUGUUGUCAAUGGCACAGGGACAAACUCAACCAACUCCACCACAGCUGUUCCCAGCUUGGUAGCACUUGAGAAGGUUAAUGUAGCAGAUAUCAUUAACGGAGCUCAAGAAAAAUGUGUAUUGCCUCCUAUGGAUGGCUACCCCCACUGCGAGGGGAAAAUCAAGUGGAUGAAAGACAUGUGGCGUUCAGAUCCCUGCUACGCAGACUACGGAGUGGAUGGGUCCACCUGCUCUUUUUUUAUUUACCUCAGUGAGGUUGAAAAUUGGUGUCCUCAUUUACCUUGGAGAGCAAAAAAUCCCUACGAAGAAGCUGAUCAUAACUCAUUGGCGGAAAUUCGUACGGAUUUUAAUAUUCUCUACAGCAUGAUGAAAAAGCAUGAAGAAUUCCGGUGGAUGAGGCUGCGGAUCCGGCGAAUGGCUGACGCGUGGAUCCAGGCAAUCAAGUCCCUGGCAGAGAAGCAGAAUCUUGAAAAGAGAAAGCGGAAGAAAGUCCUCGUUCACCUGGGACUCCUGACCAAGGAAUCUGGAUUCAAGAUUGCAGAGACAGCUUUCAGUGGUGGCCCGCUUGGUGAAUUAGUUCAGUGGAGUGAUUUAAUUACAUCUCUGUACUUACUGGGCCAUGACAUUAGGAUUUCAGCUUCACUGGCUGAGCUCAAGGAAAUCAUGAAGAAGGUUGUAGGAAACCGAUCUGGCUGCCCAACUGUAGGAGACAGAAUCGUUGAGCUCAUUUAUAUUGAUAUUGUAGGACUCGCUCAAUUCAAGAAAACUCUUGGACCAUCGUGGGUUCAUUACCAGUGCAUGCUCCGAGUCCUCGAUUCGUUCGGCACGGAACCAGAGUUUAAUCAUGCUAAUUAUGCCCAGUCUAAAGGCCACAAGACCCCAUGGGGAAAAUGGAAUCUGAAUCCUCAGCAGUUUUAUACCAUGUUCCCGCACACCCCAGACAACAGCUUCCUGGGGUUCGUGGUCGAGCAGCACCUGAACUCGAGCGACAUCCACCACAUCAAUGAAAUCAAAAGGCAGAACCAGUCCCUGGUGUAUGGCAAAGUGGAUAACUUCUGGAAGAAUAAGAAGAUCUACUUGGACAUCAUUCACACGUACAUGGAAGUGCAUGCGACUGUUUACGGCUCCAGCACGAAGAAUAUCCCCAGUUAUGUAAAAAACCACGGCAUCCUCAGUGGACGGGACCUACAGUUUCUUCUCCGAGAAACCAAGUUGUUUGUCGGACUUGGGUUCCCUUACGAGGGCCCGGCUCCCCUGGAGGCUAUUGCAAACGGCUGUGCUUUCCUGAAUCCCAAGUUCAACCCACCCAAAAGCAGCAAAAACACAGACUUUUUCAUCGGCAAGCCAACUCUGAGAGAGCUGACAUCCCAGCAUCCUUACGCUGAAGUUUUCAUUGGCCGGCCACAUGUUUGGACUGUUGACCUCAACAAUCAAGAGGAAGUAGAGCAUGCAGUGAAAGCAAUUUUAAAUCAGAAGAUUGAGCCGUACAUGCCAUAUGAAUUUACAUGUGAGGGGAUGCUACAGAGAAUCAAUGCUUUCAUUGAAAAACAGGACUUCUGCCAUGGGCAAGUGAUGUGGCCGCCCCUCAGCGCCCUGCAGGUGAAGCUCGCGGAGCCCGGGCAGUCCUGCAAGCAGGUGUGCCAGGAAAGCCAGCUCAUCUGUGAGCCUUCUUUCUUCCAGCACCUCAACAAGGACAAGGAUAUGCUGAAGUACAAGGUGAUCUGCCAAAGCUCAGAGAUGGCCAAGGACAUCCUGGUGCCCUCCUUCGACCCCAGGAACAAGCACUGUGUGUUUCAAGGCGACCUCCUGCUCUUCAGCUGUGCGGGUGCCCACCACAGACACCAGAGGAUCUGCCCCUGCAGGGACUUCAUCAAAGGCCAGGUGGCUCUCUGUAAAGACUGCCUAUAGCGGCCACCUGCUCAGCCCCACGCCAUGCUGCUGGGACGGACAAGGGCUCCAGCCCCAUGGGGCAGGGCCAGGGGCAGAAUUCAUUCAGGGACUCUGGCCAGAGCCUGAUCUUUUUGGUGGGAGUUUUCAUUUUGGUGUUGCUCUUGCUGUGGUCAGAGCAGCCCAGUGGAGUCUUCACCAAACACAAGGAGAGCAGGUACCAGGCCGGGAGUCUGGCUUCUCCCGGGCAUGGUGCCAUUUCUGUUUCUUGAGGAGCAACUGUGGGGAGACUCUUGGGUGCAGCUGCUCCAGGGUAAAAAGAGAGUCUCAAGAGUCAUUUAAAACAAAGCAAGAGGAGAGGAAUUGAGCUGAUUGGAAAGAACUUUGAAUGGGAACAUUCCUAAACCCAUUAACUUAUUUAUUUGGGAGGGAGGGAGGGGAACGAGGGAGGGAGAAGAGGGCUUAAUCACACCUUUCUUCUUUUAUUUCCACUGUUAAUCAUCCACCUUCGCUAUACUGUUAUUCUGUCUGCUCCGGGUGGGGUGCAGGGGUUGGCAGGGUGUACCAUGGGGCUGGUGGCAUGCUCAAGGACAGCUGUGGGGACCUGGCUGCUCAAAGCAGGUGGCAGUAGAGCAAAAGAAAAUCUUGCUUUGGAAACACAGCCAAACUCUGCAGGGCAUUGUUGCAGACGGCAGCUAGAGGGUAGGCACCCCCGGGCACAGGGGGAUGUGCCUGUGUUGUCCAGAGAGCCCAGCCAGGGACAAAAGAUGGGGUGGACCCCUUUCUUCCAUGUCCCCACCCCCGGACACAUGCCUUGGCCCUAAUUUCUGGUUAGAAUCCCUUUAGGAAAGAAAUGCGGGGUUGGAGGAUUGAGGAAUUUUGCUACUUUCUGGUAAAUUCUCCCUCUCUCCUUGUGCCACUGUGAGCAAAGAAGCAGAGAUGAGGGGCUCACAAAGCUGCUCUUGGACUUGGAAGGUCCCAAAGAUGGUUGGGUUGUAUUUGAACUGAGAUUUGGACAGGGUGAAGUUGGUCCUUAAGAACUGGUGGCAUGACUGGAGAUGGGCCCCUGACCGUGGCCUUGUUUAUGUCCCCUCUGAUAUCACCAAAGUCCAGGGAAUAGGCCUCUUGGAGAAGGAGAUGUUCCCUGGGGGCUCAGGGCAGCUCGGCGUGAACAAGGGGUGGUGGCUGUCCUGGCUGCUUACCUGUGGGUGCUUCUUGCAAGGGCUGGGAGUCUGGUGCUGGCUCUUCCUUUAGGUGGGAUUGUUCUAACAGGGAGGAGCCACUCAGCAGUUGACCUUGUCACACACAUUGGACCCCACCUUCCAACCUGGAGCCCCCAUGCUCUGCCUCCUUGCUGGGCCUGGACAGAGCCUCUCUCUGCCCGGACCCAGCAGUGAGAAGGGCAGAAAUCCAAAGGAAACCUUGCUGGGUAGAGUGAGUUCCUGCCCCCUGAAGCAUUGCUUCCUUCCACGCUCUGUGUGUGAGUUCGUGGGUUUCCUGUGAAACCCCUGACACCUCCAGGCCAGGGGGAGAGAUUCCUCUCCUACCUCUUGCAGGUUGUCCCGGAGAGGAGCUGUCAGCAUCAUCCAGCCCUUGCAGGGCGCCUUGGCUGCUUGGUUCUGUGCUCCAUGCCUACGCCCUGCGGUUCCCAGCGCCCUGCCUGCUGUCGGGCCGGGCGCACAGCAAGGUGCAGCCUCCACCGGGCAGAGCACACGCCCACGGCCAAUGGCUGGGUGGGCGUUUGGGGAGUGAGGGAAAGGAAGAAUUCUGCGUCUUGGGGAUGGGGAGGGGGGGGACGUGGAGCCUUUAAGUCUGGGAAGUUAGGUUCAUGCUCCUCCUCGGUUUAUACCCCGGUGCAUGGAUAGCCCCAAACGUAUAGCCAGCCUUUGUCCUUGGGCCCCCGGAUCCCUGCUGAGUGUGUCUGAACUGCACCUCUAGUCCAAAAGAACGCAGAGGGGCUGGGGCGGAGCACCCGGAGUCUCUUCCAUCAUCACAGGGGCCCCUGGAGACCUGGCUAAGCAUAGCCUCUGCCCCUGCCCAGCAACGAGAGGGCAGACAUCCAAAGGACAGAGUGCGAGAGAGAGAAUGCGUGUGUGUGUGUGUGUGUGUGUGUAUGUCAUUCUUUUAAGCUUUGCGAGGGCAGUUUCCUUCAGUAGGAGGGCAGACAGCUGGCAUCCUGGCUGUGAGGAAGAGCUUUUCCCUGGCAUGGGCCUCUUGGCUGCACCCUAGGGUGUGGGAAUCGGCUGGAGUGCCCAGACCUGCCAUUCCUGGUCCGGCGCCGCCCUCUGCUGGGCUCUGCCGGGGUCUCCGAGCGCUGAGGCUGUCAGUGCGGGCGUUCUGCCGGCAGGGGGCGCGCGCGGGCCGGCACUGCCUGCCCCGCUGCAACAGGUGCGCGUGCUCCGGGGAGGGGGGAGGGCUGUUACACUGCACCACAGCUGAGGAAGCGGGAAGGAAAUCUAAGUGGUCCCUGCCUGGUGUCCCAGAAGCUGCAGGGAUCAUUUGCUGUCUGUCCCUGAGCUCAGGGCCUCUCCACCUUUCUGUUCCUCUUUUCCAAGGCGGGUGGGACGGCUGCUUUGGAGGCAGAGAAGUCCACACUGCAGUCAUUAAGGGCAUUAUUGAUGGAGCCAGUAACCCCUAAACCUGUCCUG